CUCGUGCGAGUGGUGCGCUCCACGCAAGGCGUGCGUCCCUCGCAAGCCAAUAGGGAGCGGCUGCGGGCGCAGUUCAAACCUCGGCGGCGGUUGGGGCGGGCGCUCCUGCGCUGCCAGAGCUGUCCCUCGUCCGCUCCCUCUCCUCCUGUCCCGGUCCCUCCUGUCCCGGUCCCUCCUGUCCCGGCCCCUCCUGUCCCGGCCGGCAUGGCGGACGAGGGUGCCGUCACGGUGUGCGUGCGUGUGCGGCCGCUCAUCGCCAGAGAAAAUGCCUCAGGAGAUAAAGUGUCCCUGCACUGGAGAAGUGAGAAUAAUACUGUUUCCGACGUGAGUGGUACCAAAAUAUUUAGUUACGAUCGUGUCUUUCACUCGAGUGACAACACUCAGCAGUUGUAUGAUGGUGUAGCUGUUCCAAUUAUACAGUCAGCUGUGCAAGGCUAUAAUGGCACAAUUUUUGCUUACGGACAGACUGCUUCAGGGAAGACUUACACAAUGAUGGGGAAUGAAGAUUCCGUGGGCAUUAUCCCUAAGGCAAUUCAACAUGUGUUCAAAAUUAUUUGUGAGAUUCCAGAUAGAGAAUUCCUGCUGAGGGUUUCUUACAUGGAAAUCUACAAUGAAACAAUUACCGAUUUGCUUUGCGAUAAUAGGAAAAAGAAGCCUCUGGGAAUUCGUGAGGAUGUUAAUAGGAAUACAUAUGUAGAAGAUCUGAUUGAAGAAGUGGUAGUUGCCCCAGAACAAGUUAUGGAAUGGAUCAGAAAAGGAGAAAGAAAUCGCCAUUAUGGAGAAACAAAAAUGAAUGAACACAGCAGCCGUUCUCACACUAUCUUCAGAAUGAUCAUUGAAAGCAGAGAACGAAGUGACCCUGCAAAUGCAAACUGUGAUGGAGCAGUCAUGGUUUCCCAUUUGAACUUGGUAGAUCUGGCAGGCAGUGAAAGAGCUAGUCAAACAGGAUCUGAAGGUGUUCGACUGAAAGAAGGCUGCAAUAUAAAUCGGAGCUUGUUCAUUCUGGGUCAAGUUAUCAAAAAACUUUGUGAUGACCCUUCUGGCUUCAUAAAUUACAGAGACAGUAAACUGACUCGAAUUCUGCAGAACUCCCUUGGAGGAAAUGCUAAAACAGUUAUUAUUUGUACAAUUACUCCUGUUUCUUUUGAUGAGACACUCAGCACUCUUCAGUUUGCCAAUACAGCCAAAGGAAUGAAGAAUACACCAAAAGUCAAUGAAGUUCUUGAUGAUGAUGCUCUCCUGAAGAGAUACCGCAAAGAAAUUCUGGAUUUGAAAAAGCAGCUGGAGGAAGUGUCUUCAAAAACUCAGAUUCAUGCAAUGGAAAAGGACCAACUGGCCCAGCUGUUGGAAGAAAAAAAUUCCCUUCAAAAAGUACAGGAAGACAGAAUACGAAACUUAACUGAGAUGCUGGUGACUUCUGCUUCCUUUGCCUCAAGACAGAAUGUUAAAGCCAAGAGAAGAAGAAGAGUUACUUGGGCUCCUGGUAAAAUAAACCAGGCAAACGUGAGCUUUUUUGAAGACUUUGAAAAUGCGAUGCCGACUGAAACAAAAAAAAUGAAGUUGUCUCUGCCAGCAGUACCAGAUGUGGAGGAUUCUACCUUAGAGAAUUCUGGGUAUGAGAGCCAUUGCCUGAUGGUUCCUGAUCAAACUUCAGAAGCAGAAUGGAUUGCUGGUCCGAACAUGAAUUGGACCCAGAAAGACUUCGAAGAAUCUGUGCAGCUCUGUGAAGCAUUAGCACUAGAAAAGGAUAUUGCUGUAAAUGAGGUCAACAUCCUGCAAGCUAACUUCGAUAAUCUAGUGCUGGAAAAUGAGCAGUUAAAAUUGGAAAUAAAUGAACUGAAAGAGAGACUGAAGGAAAAAGAAGAAAUAGAUGAAUUUGAAGCCCUGGAAAAGCAAACACAAAAAGAUCAUGAGAUUCAACUAAUGCAUGAAAUUACCAGCUUAAAGAAUCUAGUUUCAAAUGCUGAAGUGUACAAUGAGGAACUUGAGGCAGAAAUAAAUUCCAAACUGGAACAGCUGAAAGAGAAAGAGAACAAAAUAAAACUAUUACAGAAUCGUGUGGAAGAACUACAGAAAGCAGGAGGGGAAAAAAAGGAGACAUCUUUUGCACUGGGAGAUUGUGAUAAACUAACUGAAGAAAUUCAGCAGCUGAAUAAAUCCCUCUUAGAUAGUGAAGCCAUAGCCUUGGAUGCCAAAAAGGAAUCUGCUUUUCUCAGAAGUGAAAAUCUGGAGUUGAAGGAGAAGAUGAAUGAACUCUUAAAUAACUACAACCAAAUGCAAAAGGAUGUUCAGUUAUAUCAAAGCCAAGUAGAAGCGGGAAAAGCAAGUUACCGAAAAAUGCAAGCUGACUUGCAGAGAGAGCUGCAGUCUUUAUUUCAAGAAAACACAAGACUAACUUCACUGAUGGAGGGUAAAGUUCCAAAAGAUUUGCUUUCUCACGUGGGGCUGGAAAAAAAGGCAGCUGACUUAAAAGGAGAACUAGAAAAUGCUUUGAAAGAGAAUGCACUUCUACAGAAACAAGUAAAUGAACUAUCAGAAUUUCAAUCUCUACCAAAUACUGUUGAGAUGCAAAAGAAAGAGAUUCUUGAAACAUGUGAGGAGUUACGCUUAUUAAAAUUGGAAAAUGAAAAGCUACUUUCUGAAGUAGCUGAUAAUGAAAUGAGACUUAAACAUAUGUCUGAAGAAAUUGAAAAAUCAAAAGACAAUCUCACAGAUCUACAACUGAAAUAUACGAAGUCUGAUGAGGAAUAUACAGCACUUAAACAGCUCCAUGAAGAAGUAGAACAAAAAUACAUAGCUGCAUCAGAAACCAAUGAACAAAUGAAACUCCAAAUAGAAUGCCUAUCUAAAGAAGCACAAGAGUCUAAAACAAUUUUGGAUGAAGUUAAAUUAGAGCUCUCUUGCAAAAUGAAAGAAGUGGAAGAGAAAGAAGCAGAUCAAAAACAACUUCUUGAGCUAAGAGAAAAUCUUGUUCGGACUCAGCAGAAGUUAAAUGAACUGGAACAAUUAAAAGCGGAAGAAAGGAUUAGUGAAGUGAGAAUUGAGGCAAAAGAUUUGGAGAUCCAGGCAGUCUUGCAGCAGCUUACAGAAUGUCAGGAAGAAAUAAAAACUCUAACCCAGGAAAGAGAUGACCUGAAGCAAAAAGGGGAGUUUCUCCAAGCUGAGACAGAGCAACUCAGAGAGGAUAUAAAGGACACUGUUUCAAUGAACAUCUUGGCACAUGAAGAUUUGAGAAAUACACAAAAUUCUCUGAAGGAAUCCCAGAAAAUUGUCAAGAAGUUGGAAAAAAGUAUUUCUGAAAAAGAAUCUCAGAUUGUGAAUGUUGAAGAAGCACUAGGGAAGACCAUUGAAGAACUCCAAAUACGGAUCUCAGAAAUGACAGAAGAAAUGAAAAUCAUCACAUCAGAGAGAGAUCAGCUGGCUGAGGAGAAAUCAGGAAGUACUAUCUGUAGAGAAAGUGAUCAGCUUCAGCUGCAAAAGGAACAAAUAAUAUUCCUUACACAAGAGAACCAUUCAUUGCAGGAGAAGCUGGACAGUUUACUUUUGAAAACAGAGGAGCUUGGGGAAGGAACUUCGAUACCACAGAUUCAAGGACAAUCUAUGGAGCAAGAGUUAUUUCUUCUGAGAGAAGAGCUGAACCAGGCACAACGGAGAUUGCAUGAAAUGGAGGAAGCCAAGGCCAGUGAAUAUCAAGGGGAAUCUGUAAAAAUGGAGAGAGCAGAUGUUACUCCAAAACCACAUGACUCCGAGGAAGUCAGCACCCAGACAGAAAGAGAUGAUGAUGAUGAGGAGGAUUUUAAAAUACAACUGGAAAAUCUCCAGAAUGAGAAAGACCAGCUUAAAGAAACUCUACAGGAGACAAUUAGCAAGAACUCUGAGAUGCAGGAAGAGUUGAGAUGUACUCAUGAAUCUCUUGGACAACUUCAGGAGAAGAUUGUGGAGCUGAAAGGAAAUAUUUCAGAGAAAGAAAAUCAGCUUUUGAAGGCACAAGGGGCAUUGAAAGAAAAAACUGAUGAACUGCAGCAGAAGCUCACUGAAGUCACUGAAAACCUGACUCGUGUCUCAGCUGAGUAUGGCAACCUCCUGGCAGAAAAGCAACAAACUGAAAAGGCAAUGAGUGAGCAAGUGUGUCAGCAGCUUGAGAGCAUCACUUUACUUAACCAGGAGAAGGAUGAGCUUCAGCAAAUGGUAGAGACUUAUAAAGAAAGGGAAGAACACUUGCUAAAGGUUCAGAGGCAGGCAGAGAUUUUGAAGGACAGCCUAACGAGCAAGCUCACUGAAGUCACUGAAAACCUGACUCGUGUCUCAGCUGAGUAUGGCAACCUCCUGGCAGAAAAGCAACAAACUGAAAAGGCAAUGAGUGAGCAAGUGUGUCAGCAGCUUGAGAGCAUCACUUUACUUAACCAGGAGAAGGAUGAGCUUCAGCAAAUGGUAGAGACUUAUAAAGAAAGGGAAGAACACUUGCUAAAGGUUCAGAGGCAGGCAGAGAUUUUGAAGGACAGCCUAACGAGCAAGAUUCAGCAAUUAACUGAGACCCUAAAUAGUGUAUCAUGUGAGAAGGACGAGUUAUUAGCUGAAAGAACUAGUCACUCUUUACAACUUAAAGAACAAAUCUCAUCAGUUAAUCAUGAAAAAGAUGAGCUAGAAAAACUUCUUCGGGAUGUCAGGUCUGAGCGGGACCAGCUCAAGACAGAAUUGCAAAGAAAUUCUGAGAUGUGUGUUGAAACCAAGGCAAAACUGGAAGAUGCUUUAGAACAACUGAAGCAGAGAAACCUGAACAAUAUUCAGGUAGACCCAGUGGCUAUUGCAAAGGAGGUGGCUGAUGACAACUUGAAAGAAAAAACCUUGAAAAUUAAGGAGCUUCUUGAGAAAUUCCCAAAUAUGGGGAAGAGAUAUGAAUGUCUCUCUACAGUGUCUCUUAAGCUAAAGAGUGAACUGAACAGUCAGAAAGCACUGAUAGCUAUGAUACUGCCUCAGCUUACACUGGAGCACAGUAAACAAGUCAAAACACUUCAAACUAAAAAUGAGGAAAUGAAUACUCGUCUCCAGAAGUUAUUGACCAAAUUGAAGCUUCUGUUCAGCUCUGUUUGCACAAAGAGAAGAGAGUACCACACUACUGUUCACAAGUAUGAAAUUGAGUUGUUUGAGGAAAAGAGAAGACAAGAUGACCUACAAUCCCAGAUUCAAUAUCUCAGGAAGAUUAAUUCAAAGCAGAAUGAAGUAUCAUCUCAAGAGUUAAACAGCAGUGAAGAGCUGCAGAGUUUGCACUUGGAUGUAGAGAGCAUUCACAAAGAUGUAUCAGAAAUGGAAAAUGAACUUCUCUGCAUAGAAGCAGAGUUACAGCAGGAAGAAAGUGCUAGAAAAGAAACAAUACAGUUCUGGGAAGCUUGUUCAGGAACUCACUGGGAUGCAGAGGAACUGAAAGAAGAACUAAAGAAAGAUAAUGAAAGACUCUUGCAAGUCUUUAAAUUCUGGACUCCUAAAGUAAAGAUACUCCUUGAACUUUCUUCAGAGCUGGAUGCCAGAACUGCUAAUUACAGUAAAAAUGCUGAUGCUGAAUUAAAAGAGAGAAAAGAGAAAAAUGAAGAGUUGCUUCAGGAUCUAAACACUCUAAAAGAAAAACUGGCCCCUGGUGGCUCUUCCAGUCUGGCAUUAGAAGAAGAAAAUUAUAGGCUUCAUAAUAAAUUAAAGACUGCAGAACAAGAUAAAAAGGCUAUGGAAGUGAAAAUUCAGAAGUUAGAAAAUGUAAUAUAUGAAGUAGGAGAAAGUGUCAAAGAGAAAGAGGACAUGAUAAGCAAGCUACAAGCUCAGAUAAGAAUAAGAACAGAGACAAGUGAGCUCACUCAACUGCAAGCCAAACUGAAUGAGAUGGAUAAUUGCCUCAGGACUGCCUUAACAGAGAAGCAGAGUCUUCAGGCAAAAUUAGAUAAAGGUUCUGAGCUGUACAAAGAAGAAAUUGACCACCUAAAAACACAAUUGGUAAAAUGUGAUCUGGAAAGAAUGAAACAAUCCAACUCCUUUGAAGUGAAACUUGCUAAUUAUAAAGCCCUUGCAGAACACCGAGAACAACAGUUAACAAAGCUAAAAGAAGAACUGAGAAGAGCACACCAAGAGCAAGAUGUUACUGUGCUGAAAGAAGCAGAUCCUCAGCAAUCUCCAAUACCCCUUACUUGUGGUGGUGGCAGUGGUAUUGUGCAGAGCACACAAAUACUUGUUCUAAAAUCUGAACAAGCUAAGCUACAGAGAGAGAACUUGCAGCUGAAGAAACAAAAUGACCUUCUACUGAGUGAUGAACUUCAGCUGAAAGAGGAACUCAGGAAAUGGAAAGAAAGAGCACUAAAAUGGAGAGAACGAUCCUCAAGAGAAACUACUCAAGAGACAAUACCAAGGUCUCCAAAGAAGGCAGUGUCCUAUUUCUUUAAAGAGCAAAUGCCUUCACCCUGCAAGGAAACUGUUUCUCAGGAAACAGUGACUCAGGACCUUCCAAAGCCUUUGCCUCUGACUUGUCCAACGAAUUUCUUUGAUAAUUCCAAUUUGGGUGUGCUAACAGAUACACAACCUCUGGGCACAGAGUCCACAGAAGAACAUCUUAAGCACUUGUUCGGGACUUCAGACAGAGAUAAAGCCCCUGAUUGUAGCACACAGUAAAGAUGCACAACCUGCUAAUCUGCUGAUGUUCUGCUUAGAUGUUUGGAUGCAGAUUUUUUUGAUGGCCAGGAGAAGCUAAUGUAUUUGAAGAAAAAUAUGGAAAAAAGGAAUGGAUCACAAACUAAUCUACUGUGAAACUUCCCAGUCUCAA